GAGAAAACGGUUGAUGUCGUGAGGUGGAUGGAGGUCCCCGCGUUCCUUCAAGUGUCAGUCAGUCAGUGAGUCGACAGCUUCAGUGGUCAGGGCGUCAGAGAUAAACAUUCCAUCCAACACUCCUGUAUUCGUUUCGUGAGCGAGCCGCUUCACGUGAACUAGUUCGUAACUAGUCGAAAAGUAGAGUGAUAUUUAUCCAUAUCAUCGACAGAUUUCGUGAGUGAAAGGUUAAAAUACUUCUUAAAAGUGACAGGAAAAGCGGAUAUAAGUUUGAACUUUUUUCGUAUUGUUGUACAGAUUUGUAAUGACUAUGAAGUGGAUUUUAGGGAAGCGUAGCUAUAAUUCUCUACACAUGGAGAUUUUAAAAGCCAAAAGAAUGGUGGUUCUGUGUGUAACAUAAUCUGUGAGACAGCCCCAGUCUUGAAGUGCGGAAAGUUAGCCCUAUUAGAAGUCAUUCAGCGAAGCAGACCUUUUUCGCACGUAGUGGUCAAUAUAGACUAAGCAAAGGAAAAUCAGCGGCGAUCAAGCAAGUCGACCCCCAGCCUGUCCACUACUGUCUCAAGUACCUGCGUCAUCAGUGACGGGUGUUGUCCCGUCGCCAGCGAGACGGCGUCACCCUGGUGAAAACUGGUCGCACGUCGCCCCUCUACUGAACGAUUUCAACUCUCUGCAUCUAUAGUGUUUCAUCUUUAUUUUUUAGUUUUUUGACCUAUGAUUCCCUAAUCAUUUUGCCAUUUUCUUUGUAUCUCAGUCUUUCCUUCCUACGCUAGCCCUUACGUACACAAAAUUUUCCUAACGUCCGCCCUUACCUAAACCCCCUCUUCCCGAACCUACCCCUGCCAACUCCAGCCCAUACCCACGUCCGCUCCCUACCCAGGCCAGCACUACCCACACCCGCCCCCUAUCCAGGCCCGCACUACCCACACCCACCAACCAUGGGGUGCAGUGAAAGCAAGGACCUUAAACCUAUUACUGUAGCGGACGCCCAGAGGAAGCUAGAGUCAUCCUUGGAGGGCUUGGCAGUAGUCAGACUCACACACUCGGCCUCCAACUCCAUCUCGUCCUCCGGAAAUGGGUCCUCGCUGUCCUCAGUGCCCCACACCCCUGAGGAUAAGCUUCUGCGUCACCAGGACUCCAAGGCCAGCCUGGUGGAGGACCUGCCUCUCACCCUCGACAGCAUUCCCACCAACGACCUAGGGGAGUCCCUGGACUGCAGAAGAGGCAGAGCGUCGUGGUUGAAGCAGCCCGGAGCGCCUCCCACCUCCGUCACCACCACCUCCGCCAGAAGUGUCGACUCCAGCGAUUCCGGUAUUUAUGACCUGGAUGACGACUACUCCUUCGUCAUCACUGAGAACUCCCCGCCGGAGCUCAUCAAGAGAGUCGAGGCGGACUUCACGCCUGUCGAAAACCUUGACUUGACGGUGACAGGCAAGCAGUGCCCUCGGCUCCUGAGCGGGUACCAGAAGGCCCGUCAGGAGGAACAGUCCAUCCUGGAGUCCCUGCGGGAGGAGGGCUUCAUCACCACUUCCAGACAGAAGGCUGGCAGGGGCGUCGCCUACGAGAUCAUCGAGGCUACCCCACAGACGGAGUCUGCCGGCAGCGGCAAGUUCAAGCCUAAGGACUUCCUGCCGCAGGAGACGAAGCAGCAUCUGGAGUCCCAGAGAAACAAACACAGCCUCCGGGACCUCACCCACGCCGACGUCUCCAUGAAGAUGCACCUGGCUAAUGAGAGGAGACAGGCGGAGCUGGAGUCGGUGAAGGAGCGGAUGGCGUCCCUCUACAAGAAGGAGGACUCGGAGGACAAGCGGCGCCUUGAACUCGAACAGAAGAUGACCAAACAGAACGAUUCGGCGCUCGAGAAAAGGGAGGCGCACUUGAGGGAGCUGCGAGACAAGCUUCAGGCCAAGAACAAGAGGGCCCAACACGUAAAGCUGAAGAAACUUAUCAAUGGUCCUCCGGUUCCGGUCCCUCUCGGACCCACCUCUCGAGCCUUUAAUGGCAAAAACCUAAGUGAUAAUUUCUUUGACUAGUGAUCGCAAUAUUUAAAUGUUGUUGUGGUUGCUGUUUUAUCAGAGAUUCAGUUGAAUUGAACACUGAAGCCCAUUGUGUCUCUCAAAUAAGCCUUGAUAGCGUUAGACGCGUCAGAUGAUGUGUUCACGUGAAUCUACAGAACAGGAAAACUGUGUGCAGAUCAGUUAAUGUCUGCACCAGAUGGAGACGGGUUUCUCACAAACUAUCUGAGAAAAGGGGUGUUGCCUUCGCGUUGAAGGGUUGGCCGCUACAACAUGGAUCCUUACUUGAAAACCCUUCAAGGUGGUAAUCUUAAGAGUGCUGCCGUCAUUCUAUGAUAAAGAAGGCAUUAAUGGCUGAUGUUGUUGUAUAAAGGCAUAGAAUAUCUCUCCUUUGGUUCCAUACCACACAACUGAGGUGUCACAGCAAAUAUUCGGGCAAUGAACAAAUAACUCCCUUCCCCAAUGUAUACUGCAUACAUUCACUUUAAAACCGAUGUGUCCUUAUGUUAAAAUAUUUUAUACAUUACCGUAUUAUAUACUACUGUAUUGUAUAGGAAUGUGAGAGUUUAGAAUAUGACAAAACUAUAAACCGACAUUAUAAUUGUAUAACAAUAUCAAGAUUGUGUAAUAAUUUCAAGGUUGAAUGACAACAUCAAGAUUGAAUAACAGUAUCAUGGUUGCACGUAUCCUGUUAAUAUAAUACAAUUCCACCAAAAUGGGUUAACAUUGUGAGGAAAAUAUACAUAUUAACACUAUUUGUGCACUUAGAAGCAAUUUUGUAUCCCACAGAGAAUGAAUAGACUGACAAGUGUGAUUUGUGAAAUUUAAACAAGAAAAUCUGAUACAUAUAAGAAUAGUGUGGACGUCUUUACAUGUUUCAAGUAAAAACGAUACAGAACCAAUAUAUUUUUAUGGGUAGAACAUUAAGACAAUUAAUAUUCAUAUCCGUUCUACUGACAACAUGAACUACACAAUUUGUAAUAAUUUUUCCAUACACUUACCUGAGUAAUAAAAAAAAUAAACUGGGUCUAUCUAUAGCUACAAGGUCAUUUAAAUGGCCCAAUCAACUACUAUAAGGUCAGUUAAAUGGCCCAACCAACUACUAUAAGGUCAGUUAAAUGGCCCAACCCAUUACUAUAAGGUCAGUUAACUGGUCCAAUCCAUUACUAUAUGGUCAGUUAACUGGUCCAACCCAUUACUAUAAGGUCAGUUAACUGGUCCAACCCAUUACUAUAUGGUCAGUUAACUGGUCCAACCCAUUACUAUAUGGUCAGUUAACUGGUCCAACCUACUACUAUAUGGUCAGUUAACAAGGUCGAUCAACUAGACCUGCUGACUGCUGCAAGGUCGAAUAUAAUUACCGUGAUUUGAAUAUGGAUUAAAGUUAUUUACAGUAAUCUGUUAGGUGAAAUGUUGUGCUAAUUGUGUUGAUCAAGGCAUUGCUUAGCAGCAGGAGCUGUGAACACUGUAAUAUGUGUGUGUCCCUGUAUCCGUAUCCUCCGUCUUGUCCCAGCUACGAUAAAUGUAUCAUCCUCCGUUCAUCCAUAUAUUAGUUAAUUAUUAUCUAUAAGGGAAUUUAUGUUAAAAUUAUACUUAUCUCUUGUUGCAAUCAGUAUUCUAAGUGUCUUUAUUCAUGUAUAUAGAAAAGAGGACUUGAGGACUUGAUGAACACGUCCAACGGGAAAGUAAUUAGUAAGGAUACCAGUUAACGAUUCUUCAGAGUAAGAGCGACGAGCAAGUAUAAUAAACUGGUUAGAGUAGAUAGAAAAAGGAUUAAAAAAGUGUAUAACAGGGCCAUAAAAGCGCAAAGCCGAAGCAUAUCAGAUGAAACUUUAAAAUACGUGGCUGUACCUUAAACACUGUGAAGACUACUUGAUAAACAUCCCUCACAUUUUCAGUACUUCUAAACAAACUAUUGGAGAUCUUGACUGUAUGUACUCAACUUUUACUUUAAAUGACGUACAUGUAUGGUAUUUAUAUAACAUUUGCCGCAUCGCUAACGUACUUCAUGGCUGCCUUGAGAGCCGAUGUCACAAGAGGAAUAUUUAUAUAUAUAUGGAAACAUUUUUACUAGCUACAACAGUGCUGAUCAAACUAGGUGUUUUCUAAAGUGUCACGGAGAGCCAAACACAGAGGAGAAUACAAACUGCUUUUUAUAACGUGGCAGGAUGUUAAUGACUGAUGAUGCACAUAUGUAGAUACAAUAUAUAUUUAUAUAUAAAAAUACGCUGUGAAUGGUACAAAUUUGCAUAGUAGUUUCUAUAUUCCUUGUAUCAUAUACUUUCUUCCCUUAUUAUUUGUAAAUUAAGAAGGUAUAUGGAUUGACAUUAAAAUCUUAGCAUAUAAGGCAUCUGAAUCGGGUGUGUCUUAAAAAAAAAAAAAGUGCCUGCUAGCACGAUAUUGUUCGGUGUAUUUUGGUGAAGGAUCACCCUACGCAUUGUAAUCUGUCUUGGUGAGUCAUCUGCUUGACUUAAUUUAUUUUGCGUUUUGGUGAACAGUUCUGUGUAAAUGACGGUAGUUACUGCCUUUGUGAGUUUGUUCAUUGCAGUCACUACCUAGAUAAGGUAAUCUGAUUAAUACACUGUAAUCUGUCUUUGCGAGGUGGCCUCUUUAAUUCAUUUUUCUGACUUGGGAAAGUGGUUUCAAUGCAGGCUGUAUCUUGGUGAAUUAAUCUGAAGGAUUCGGUGCAGGCUACCUAAUUGAGUUGGACUGAUUAAUCUAUUUAGGUCUGUGCCUAGGUGAAGCAGGUUUAAUCGUUACAGCAUGUCUGAGUGCAGGCGAUGAGACACAAUAACAUGGCUGAAGUAUGUUGACCAGACCACACACUAGAAGGUGAAGGGACGACGACGUUUGGGUCCGUCCUGGACCAUUCUCAAGUCGAUUGUCAAGGUUGACUUACUCCUUGUGGUGUUUUAUAGCAAGGUGUACUGAUUAUACCUUGGUGAGGUGGCCUGAAUGAUACUUUGGGCUCUUGGCCUUCAUGAGAUGGUUUGACGGGUCUGCUUUUCUAUGUAUAAUUUAUUUGUUUUCUACUGAUUGACAUCGGAUUGUUUAGUGGAGUCGAGGGCGUCAACAUAAACAGGGAUGAAGACACAGCAAAUUUAAAGGCAGUGUGGUACAUACCUGCUUGUAUUUGCUGCCGUGUCUGGGCCCCACGAAUCUGUCCCGGGGGGUAUUCAUGCCUCCGCGUACAUGUGGGCCUGUCUAUCCCCACGCACCUGUUCUGGGAGGUAUCCAUCCAUGUCGUCGCGUACCCAUAUCUACUCUGUUCCUCCAGCAAAUCAAACCAAACUGCUACUGGAAAGAAAUAUUUGUGAUACUAUGAAUGGGAAUUAUGAAAGCUCUACUUGAUUGUAUAUAUUAAUUGUGAUUUUAUAUUUUAUAAUUUUAUAUAUUAAUUAUGAUUUUAUAUAUUAAUUAUGAUUUUAUAUAUUAAUAUUUUCAUUAUUAUACACAAUGUAAUCACAGGAAACGUAAUGUGUCUGUUAUUAAAUAUUGAAGCUAUGUACUGGGAUCGGACUUGCGCCACAGCAGAUGAAACACGAUGAAGUAUCUCAGCCAGAAGUACUAUCAGACAUAAAUAGCGUUUGGAAGGCUCUACCCAGUACCACAGUCCACGUUCUCCGAGAUAUCCGCCCCACAUUCGGGUACCAGUCCACACUCAGGUAUCCGCUCUCACUCCGAUAUCAGUAGAGAGUGUGGGAAGUUCAGGAAUGUGAGAUCGAUCCCAUUGUAUAGCCUCCAUACUUUAUCAUUAUCAUAAUAAUUAUUAUUAUUUGUAUUUGUUUUUUUAUUUGUGUUGGACUGUACAUGUACAGGGGAAGGAUGGUCUGUGAACGCCAGCAGGCUGUGAACGCCUGCAGGCUGUGAACGCCUGCAGGCUGUGAACGCCAGAUGCUGCGAUUUCACUUUCUCAUUUAGGGAGGAAAAACAAGAAAAAACUGAAAACAGGGACGAAGACUAUUUUCGCCUGAUGAUCUUUUACGAUUUCUGUUCCAGCCUGAGUAUCAUUUAACUACUCAUGAGUUCAUGUCGAGUACCAUUGCUUUAAUCAUGUAUCAUAAUACCCGAUAUAUUUACUAGAGAACAAUUCCAACGUCUGCAUAUUUUGACAUGAGCAUAUAGUGACAUGUGCAUAAUUAUCUACUGUAAUGUAUCUCUCUUUGGGAAAAAUAAAAUGACACCAUGU